AUGGACAGCGACGCCGAGCGCCUCCCCUCCGGCUUCGAGCGCAUAGGCUACGACGCCGACACCCAAACCUACACCUUCCGCGACGCAUCCGGUUGCAUCUACGAAUCCGAGCCCGGAAACCGAUACAGCGAGCUGCGUGCCACGGGCGAGCACUCGCAGCCCCCGUCCGACGAGCAGCGACGCGAGCAGGAUGAGAUGAUAGAAGAGGGCAAUAAGAGUGCUGUGCGUAUGAUGUUGCCGUUUGCGCUGUUGGUGCUGGUUUUCUUGUUCCUGGUGUUUAAGCUUGUGAAUAGGAGUGAUGGGGCUGAUACAGUUGUUGCUGGCUGUGGGGAUGGGGAGCGCCAGUUGCGGGUUGAGAAGGGGGAUACGUGUUGGGCGAUUGCGGAGGCGAAUGGGUUGAGUGUUGAUGGUCUGCUGGGGUUACGAGGGAAUCAGGGUGUGGAUUGUGGGAAUCUCAGGGUAGGGCAGGGCAUCUGUGUACCGACGUCGAAGUAA